AUCAUCUAUUUGACGGACAAGCUCUUCUUCACAAAUUUGAUUUCAAGAAUGGAGAAGUCACCUAUUACAGACGGUUUGUUCAAACUGAUGCUUAUGUGAGGGCCAUGACUGAGAAACGAAUUGUAAUCACUGAAUUUGGUACUUUUGGUUAUCCUGAUCCAUGCAAGAACAUCUUCUCCAGAUUUUUUUCCUAUUUCGAAGGUAUUGAAAUCACUGACAAUGCUCUAGUAAAUGUGUAUCCCAUUGGAGAAGAUUAUUAUGCCUGCACUGAAACCAACUACAUCACAAAGAUCAAUCCGGAAACACUGGAAACAAUACAAAAGGUGGAUCUUUGCAACUACUGUGUAAUCAAUGGUGCAACUGCUCACCCUCAUAUUGAGCAUGAUGGAACUGUUUACAAUAUCGGCAAUUGCUUUGGGAAAAGAUUUUCUUUUGCUUACAAUAUUAUCAAAAUACCCCCACUGCAAUCAGAUAGGCAAGACCCAUUGAAAAAAAUGGAAGUGGUUGUCCAGUUUCCAUGUAGUGACAGAUUCAAACCAUCCUAUGUACACAGUUUUGGUUUGUGUGAAAACUACAUUGUAUUUGUGGAGCAACCGGUCAAAAUUAACCUGUGGAAAUUUCUCUCAUCGUGGACCGUUCGAAGUACUACCUAUAUGGAUUGCUUUGAAUCAAAUGAUUCCAUGGGAACAUGGUUCCAUGUUGCAAACAAGAAGACUGGUGAAUACUAUAAUAUAAAUUACAGAACUUCAGCAUUUAAUAUUUUCCAUCAUAUUAACACUUAUGAAGAUAGUGGCUUUAUUAUUGUUGAUGUAUGCUCCUGGAAAGGGUUUGAGUUCAUAUAUAAUUACCUGUGGCUUGCCAAUUUACGUGAAAACUGGGAAGAACUUAAAGUGAAUGCAAGGAAGGCUCCUCACCCAGAAGUUAGGAGAUACGUUCUACCAUUGGACAUAAACAAUGUUGAACAUGGCAAAAAUUUGGUGUCUCUUGACACCACAACUGCCACAGCUACAGUUCGGCAAGAUGGAACAAUUUGGCUGGAACCAGAAGUGCUCUUUUCAGGGCCUCGGCAAGCAUUUGAAUUUCCUCAAAUUAACUAUCAGAAAUUCAGUGGAAAGGACUACACAUAUGCUUAUGGACUGGGAUUGAAUCACUUUAUUCCAGACAAGAUAUACAAGUUAAACGUGAAAACCAAAGAGCACUGGUUAUGGCAGGAACCAGAUACAUAUCCAUCAGAACCAAUCUUUGUUCCACAUCCAGAUGCAAUGGAUGAAGAUGAUGGUGUGUUACUGACUUCGGUUGUAAGCCCAGGCUCAGGUCAAAAACCUGCUUUCCUUUUGAUUCUUGAUGCCAAGGAUCUCCAUGAAAUAGCCAGGGCAGAAGUGGAGACCAACAUUCCUGUUACCUUCCAUGGAAUGUUCAAACCAUAA